CGUAAAAUCAAAAGAACAAGUUAUGCUUGUCCCUUGGAACCAUGGGUAAGUUUAAAAAGUUGUCAUUUUUCCGACCCAUAUCAAUAAUUUCUUUGUUUAACAUUUGAGCUAUAAUUUUUCUGUUUUUCUUAUACAGUGAACAUUGGAUGUUGCUUAUUUUGGCACCAUAUGCAUAUCAUGUUUAUUGUUGUGAUCCGGUGAAUUCAGAGCUAAAUAACCGUGAGGAGAUUGUAUCAGUGAUCGUCAGCGCUUUCAAUCUUUUUUUCUCUAUGAAUCUUCCUGAUGUCGAGAUCCCUGAUACUCUACGCAUUAAGCAACCUCAAUGUCCACACCAACCGGACAAUGUGGCAUGUGGAUACUACUUAAUGAGGAUGUUGAAGGAUUUGAUUGAACAUGCGAGUCCCGGGCAUUACUUGAGAACACUAACAAGCACAUCAUAUACAAAUGCACAAAUUGAUGAGUUGCGACAAGAAUGGGCGACAUAUAUGUUGCCGAUAAUCCAAAGUUGCUGACCUCGUUGAUAGGUUU